CUCUUCUUGCCUUACCGGCGGCCGCGAUAGGAUCGAUACGGUUCAGCCUCCUCGGCCCCUCGCCUGACGGGAGGACCCUUGACCUCUGGCCCAUGAUGGCGGCGCCCAGAGAGUGUCACUCGCUGAAGUGAACUAAAGCUAGAAAGCCUCCCUAGCAUCAUGUCGAAACUGAGCCGGGCCUCUCGGGCCCUCAGAAAGCCCGAGGCUGGAGGCGUGAUCCGGACCAUCGUGCGGGCCGGCCAGGCCAUGUCCGGGCCCCCGCUGGGCCCUAUCUUAGGGCAGCGAGGCGUUUCCAUCAACCAGUUUUGCAAGGAGUUUAACGAGAAGACCAAGGACAUCAAAGAAGGCAUUCCGCUGCCCACCAAGAUCUUUGUGAAGCCUGACAGGUCAUUUGAAAUCAAGAUAGGUCAACCCACCGUCUCCUACUUCCUGAAGGCGGCAGCUGGGAUUGAAAAGGGAGCCCGGCAAACAGGAAAGGAGGUGGCAGGCCUGGUGACUCUGAAGCACGUGUAUGAGAUCGCGCGGGUCAAGGCCAAGGACGACGCCUUCGCCCUGCUGGACGUGCCCCUGUCCUCAGUGGUCCGCUCCAUCAUCGGCUCUGCCCGAUCCCUGGGCAUUCGGGUGGUGAAGGACCUCAGUGCCGAGGAGCUGGCGGCUUUCCAGAAGGAACGGGCUGCCUUCCUGGCUGCCCAGAAGGAGGCCGACUUGGCAGCGGCCCAGGCAGAAGCAGCCAAGAAGUAACCCAGUCUCCGCUUUCUCCUCCCGCACCCCACUUGGAAGCUGGCAUCUGGGGCCAGGGGGUGCUCUGUGCCCCAGAGAGGCAGGGAGACCACACCAGCCUGACCGUUCUAUUGCUGACUCAUCUUUUAAAAAAUGUUUUGACAUGAGUGGCUGAAUCAGCCAAAUAAACAUCUUUUGUCACCCA